AUGGUGUCGAAUAAGGUUGCUGGAUCACACCGGGACAUCGGUACACAAGUAUACCAUUGGGUCAAUGACCAGGACAAUACGCAACUUUUUGAAUAUCUCCUAUCUCUCCAGAACCCAACAGCAGAAGCACUUGCAGAAUACCUCUUUUCCAUAUCGAUUGAGAACGAAGACGUUCAUAUCGUUAAGCGGAUCCUAGAUUCCGGUCUUGAUCCCAAUGAACUGAAAUGUUCUGACCCAUCGGGACGACAAAUCACGCCUCUUCAGCGCGCGUGUCAACUUGGCAGUGUGGGACUUGUGCGAGCUUUGCUAGAUGCUAAGGCAGAUGUCAAUGUGAUAUCUCCAGACAGUUAUUCCCCUCUGGGAUAUGCGGUAGUGAACAUCUGUCAAGCUGGGAACAUUGUUGACAUUGACCGUGAGUCCGAAGACAUUGACAGUGAGCCUGAAGACAGCGACAACGACCUUGAAGACAGUCAAGCCAUCGAACUGGUACGCAUUUUGCUGGACGCAGGCGCAAGUGUUAACCCGGCCUCAGGCGAGUCUCCUCUGGCAAUCGCUGCCAGUUAUCAUCAUCUGGAGCUGGUCACUUUCCUUCUCGAUAAUGACGCAGAUCCAGAUCUCUCUCCUGGAUAUUUGAAGAAACCCCCGCUCAUAGGUGUGCUGAAUUCAUUUGGGCCGCCAUUUAUUGUUGUCUCUAUUGUCCGCAAACUGGUGCAGGCAGGUGCCAAUGUGAAUAUUUCAACUAAUUCCGAAGGCGAAAGGAUCUUCACGGCCUUGGAAUAUGCAUGUGACAGCGGCUAUACUGAGGUGGUCAAAGUUCUUCUCAAGGCUGGAGCACGUACUACGGAACAAGCUCUGGUGAAGGCUAUUUCCUCGAGUUUGCCCUGUGUCAAACUCCUAAUCAGGAACGGCGCACCUGUCACAGAGACAACAUUUGAAAAAGCGGCAGACCUGGGUGACGAAGACAUGUGCCAACUUCUGUUGAACUCCGCACAAGAAAGCAUGAAAGGGCGCUUCCGGACGAGAAUGUUUACCUCCGCGAUGAAACAGGGACAUCAGCGUCUGAUAGAAGAAUUAUCCGCAGCCGGUGUCGAGCUUCACGCCACUGUUCGGCUAACUGAUGCCAUCGAGGCUGCUGCUGAAAGAGGAGACAUUGCGACCCUUCGCUUGCUUCUCCAUGAAGAUUCAAGAUACCGAGAAACCGUUCUCCGAUCUUUGGGCGACUCUCUCUACUUGGCUAUUGCUCAUGAACAACGAGACGUCACCGAAAUGCUUCUUGCAGCCGGUGCGGACGUUAACGGUUCCAGAACAGGAAGAGCUCCUUUGAAGGUAGAUGGUGAAUGGACAAGUGGUGCAUCCGACACAGGAAGAACUCCUCUCUUUGCGGCAAUAAAUUUGAUGGAUGCGCCACUCUCGGAAAUACUCUUAACGUCUGGAGCGGCGGUGAACGUAUUGUCUUCAGAAGGACAUAUUUACUCAGUUCUACCGUUAGCCGUGGCUCGAGGUGAGCGUCGAUUGAUCAAGAUACUUAUUGACGAAGGCGCUGAGAUCGACGCCUGUUCAAGAGCUUCCGAGAGCAGAAGUAAUGACAGAAAAUCAGCGGUCACUGUGGCAGCGGAAAGAAAUGACCUUGACAGCAUUAAACUCUUGGUCGAAGCUGGCGCUGAUGUUAACGCGUCUUUCGGCGGUGACACAGCGCUAGCAGCUGCUGUUCAGAACGGGAACACGGAGAUCAUCAACUAUCUUGUUGGCUGCGGUGCGAAACCAGAUCAGGAAUGCUUGAAUAUCGCGAUCGAGAAAAUCACUGAUGAUGCCUUGGUCGAGCGUUUCUUAGCCGUCGGCCCUGAUGUGACCGAAAAAGCCUUGCUCGCCGCUGCUCAUCACAAUCUGGACCGAAUGCAGAUGGUCCUGACGGCUAGAUGGAAUCGAUGUGGAAGAUAUCCAAGAGCAUUUGGCUCCCGGACGCUGCAACGUGCAAUUGCGUCUUCAAGUACCUCGAUGGUGAAUUUGUUGCUGUCAUACGGCAUCAAUUCAACCACUAUCGUAUACCAAAACUCUACGCCCUUCAGGAGAAGAUCACAUCCUGGUCUGCAACGGGACGAGUCUGCGUUUGGAACGGCAAUCAGACUUGACAUGACCGAAGACCUAGCUCUCGUCCAAAGGCUGUUGAACGCUGGUGCAGACCCGAACAAGAUCGUAUCCGAACAGCCAACCGACACUGCUCUUCUAGCUGCAAUCAAACAGAACAAUGUGAAACUUGUCGAAAUGCUAGUGUCAGCCGGCGCUAAGGUGAAUCCAAGGCUUAUCCAGCGCAUCUCGCGCACUCCUUUGCAGCUGGCAGUUGAGCAAGGGAGUAUGGAUAUUGUCAACUUGUUGUUGGAGAAGGGGGCAGACGUGGACGCACCUGCAUACGAUCAAUAUGGAGCAACUGCCCUUCAAUUCGCGGCAAUCAAGGGAUUUCUUGGCGCAGCGUCGAUGCUGUUAGAGAAGAAUGCUGAUGUCAACGCCCCAGCUGCAAAGGUGGGAGGGAGAACAGCACUUGAAGGAGCGUCAGAGCACGGCCGGAUUGAUGUGAUGCAGCUCCUGCUGGACUCUGGAGCUCGGGUCAUCGAAGAAGGAAGCAGACAGUUCGAACGAGCUCGAGAUUUGGCUUCGAAAAACGGCCACCGGGCAGCACGACGCCUUCUCGAGAAUUACCGCACCCAGCUACUGAGUCCGCCCGCAAAUCUGCGUCUAUCGCCCAUGGACAAUGGAAAUACUAAUGGCGACCUAGCUUGCUCUAAACUGCCCAUGGAAAAUGGGAACAAUGACGGCGACCCGGGUUGGACUGAAUGGCCCAUGGACAAUUGGGACGGUGAUCAAGACGUGGGUCAGACAAAUGAUACAUGUAUGUUGGGACUUGACUAG